UACAACAUUCGAUGAAAACCAGUGGGCUGUUUUAUUGGUACCAAAAUGACACCAAUGGGACGCGUGACAACAAACUGCGGCAGAAUACAGCCUCAACCACUGAAUGCAGCUCUCAGGAAUGUCUAAUAGCCAGUGAACUCAAUGUACACAUCAUGAAUGGUAUUGAAGCGGAUCCAUGCGAAGACUUCCAGCUGCACGUGUGUGGUGGACAACAAGCACGUUACCGCGGGCUCCAUACACAGAUUCAAGAUGAAGCACUCAACACUCUCAAGACGCUCCUCGAUUCUUCCUCGCUUCCGGAAUCCGGCCACACGGCGAUGCAGAAGGCGGUCAGCCUGUUUCGAGCGUGCGUACGAUUCGCCAAAGAUGGACUCGCGCUGGAGCUUCCCAAAAUCAGGCACUUCCUCGAGUCCGUUGGCCUUAAUCUGACUGGCCGACAGGGCCAGGUCGCUAAGGACACGACGGACAACCCGGUCUUGCCCAUGCUUCGCCUUUCUCUGCAGUACGCGCUUCACAUUUUCGUGGCCGUCCGCAUCGAUGGUCUACAUGUAGUGAACGGCAAGAAGAUUAUGCGGGUUGUCGUCAGCAGGACCGACCAGGAUUGGCUCAGAGAGAGAUCUAUGCUUAGCGAGCAAGAGAAAAAGGAUUACUACGCUGGUGUACUACUAGUCUACGAAGCUAAACCACUCAGACCGGAGAUCGUAAUGCUCAUUCCGGACAUCGCACACUUCGAAUCUGAAGCUUUCAAGAAAUUAAUGGACCAACGGCGAAUACCAAAGAAGUACAGAAGUUCUUUCAUGCGUCUAGAAGACUUGGCUACUUAUGCUCACUGGUACGGACAGCCAGAUGAAUGGCACGAUCAACUUCAACAACUUUCGCGACUUGCGUACGGAGCGAAUGACACUGCGCACGCCUCUUCAGCAGCCCUCGAACUGCUCAAGCUGAUAACACAGCCCGAGUCUUGGCCGAAAGGACACCAGCUGAUCUGUUGGAGCCUCAUUCGUCAAAUGAUAGGCUUCGGUAGGAGCCCGCUACUGGCUACGCUGCCUGAGAGCGACUUGGCGAGCCACUGCAUUCGCAAAGUCUCUGAAGUCAUGGAGCCAGCAAUCCAAGGACUUCUCCUCUUCAAACAGUUCACUCCGGAAGCGCGGGCGCAACUGGAGGCGAUAGCCAGCGUCGUCCUCGAGACAAUCACGAAACAUCUGAAGGAACGCGGCAACACUUCCCGGCACUGGGUUGAUUCAGCUCGACUGGAAGCGCUGCACAGGCUAGCCACAGUGGAGCUAGCUAUUGGUUUUCCUGGUAACAUUCGAGUAGAGUCAGACUUGGAGGCCAUGUACGGCUCAUUCCCGAAAGCCAAGAGAAUAUUUUGGGAAGCGUGGAUUCCGUCCGCUAAGAUGGUUCAAAAGCGCAUCCUUGAACGCGUUGGUCAACCGGACGUGAACUUCGGGGCUGCGGGUAUGCGAGCAGCCUACUCUCCGUGCCUCAACAAGCUUGUGAUCCCAGCGGGCAUCGCGAGACCGCCAUUCCUUAUAAGCAAUGGCCCUCCAUCGUACAACUAUGCAGCCAUUGGAAUGAUCAUCUCUCAUGCAUUAUUUCGUGGCGACUGCUCUCCGGAGAUGAGAGGAAUUGAUGCCGUGGCACCCGACUGUACAAACUGGUGGACACCCAUGGCGCAGUAUUACUACAUGCAAGGAGCUCGAUGCCCUACAACUGAGCCUCCAGCGCUGGAUGAGGACUACGCAUACAUUCCCAACCUGAAUAUUGACGCGGAGCUCUUGCACGUGCUGGCUGCGACCUCGUCGUCCUACGAAGCCUUCCGCACUCUUCCCGCGUCGCAGAUUAAUCGCGUGCUGCCCACGCUCAACUAUACAGCAGAACAACUCUUCUUUGUGGUGAACUGUGCUUUACGGUGUUGCGACGACGACACUUACCGUGCUGACGACGACAACUUAUUUUGCGAAGACGGUGUCUCCUCCUGCUCCUCGCCAUCUGGCUGCAACAGCGUUGUCAAGCGGAUGCCAGAGUUCGCCGCUGCCUUUCACUGUCCCGCAGGAUCCAAGAUGAACCCACGGGACACGUGUGCGAUGUGACCAUUGCUUGCCUCGCCGAAUAUUUGAGCACAGGACAGAAGGGGUUGGGAGGCCAAUUCUCAAUUUUAUUGCAGUUCUUCAAUUUGUGUUAGUCAACGAUGUGGCCUUGUCUGCACGCAUACCUUUGAAUGUGUCUGUAAACACAUUUCACGUAAGAUAGGUAUUACGGUCAAAAUGCCAAUACUCGCUUUGUUUGCGUAUCAUAUUCAUGCUUAAGUAUUGAUUGUAUCAGCUGUCUAUUUCAAAUAUUUCAGUUUAUUUAAUUUACGCUUACUAAUGAUCAAAAUGGCGCAGUGGUCAGCAUUACGAUGAUCCCUCUAAUACACAUACACAUUAUUGUGUGUGUAAAUAGCUUUGUGAGAUUAGUAUUGCGGUCAACAUACCAAUAAGCAGUUUGUUUGCAUGUCAUAUUAAGGUCAAUAUGUUGCUUAUAUAGUAGCCUGUUUAUUUCAAUCAUUUCAAUUUGGUGCAAGCACUAAUGAGCAAGAAAAACUACACAGAGGUUGUGAUAAGUGUUACGAUGAACACGUUGACAAACAGGCCGUUCAUGUGUUGUGUUCCGGCAUAGC